GCUGCUUGUUUUCACUUUGCGUUACAUCCACUUCGAUGGACAAAUGAUUCGGCGGUACGGGAAACAUGCCCGAGCCAGAGAACGAGACAUGUUUCUUCUGCCAUUAUCCAGCUGUGGACGGAGGAGUCCAGGCGAGCCAGGUGGACCGGCUGAAGUUCGCCGAGUGGAGUUUGGACACGCUGAAACGCGAAUCGCACCUGCAGCCGCACCACAUGUUUUGCCACUUCUGCGUGUGGGACGCUCAAGUGAUGCUGAAGUCGAUGGUGGGCGUGCAGGAUGACAACUCGCGAUUAGAGUGGUGGCCGGACGAUGACGAAUUAGGAAACGACGUGAAAAUUAAGAAGAAAUACUAUUUAGAGGAAAAAAUUAAGCAGUGCUAUGUACAUUUGGAGAAGAUUAAGGUUCCUGAAAACCGAAACAAGGAGGAUUUGAAGGAAGAGUGCAUCUAUUGCCACAGAAAAUACCGUGCCAUGCGUCAACACAUGUACGACAGUCACAGAAAAACCGCCAUUCGAUGCAAACACAGUAUGUGCUCUACUUUCUACCUCACUGUAAAGGAGAGAGAUGCCCACAUGAAAGAAUUUCACAAGCCAAAAGGUGAAAAUUCGCCAAGAAGUGCCAAGGAGCCACGACCUAGCAAACGCAAAAAACUCGCCUUUGAAGAACAGCCCACCGAUAAUGCGCCUACCCAAAACCCUUUCGCCUGCAAUCAGUGCCAAUUCUCGACUGAAAACGAAUCACUUUUAGAAGCGCACCUCGCAGAAGUGCACUCCCCACCGCGUCUGCAUGGCGAGACAACACCCAAUUCCAAACCUCGAUACACCGAAGUGUCUCCUCCGGGCCCGACCUGCCGUGAUUGCCGCCUGAGUGUGCCGCUGGACAUCUCGAAAAAUCACUACCAAAGGGUCCGCUGCAAAGCGUGCAAAGCCCAGUUUCCGUGCUGCGGCCUGCUGGCGUUCCACCGCAACAAGUGCAAGGGAUUCGAGUGCAAAAAGUGUCGCAGGCACUUUAAACAGCGGUACCUGCUGGACUUCCACGUCUUACGGACGCACAGCGUGUGGCGCGGCCUCAGGUUCAAACGGCUGGACUUCAAGUGCGAGCCGUGCAUGCGUUAUUACAAAGACAAACAGAGCCUGGAGAAGCAUUUGUGCCUGAUGCACAACAAGCGGAUGCGUCAGUGCGCCCACUGCACCGAGGCGUUCGCCGACGUCAAAGGACUCGCCUUGCAUUUGGCCGACGAGCACGAUUUGCUUCAUAAAAAGUACAAGUGUUCAGUGUGCAAAAGCAGGUACUUCUUGAAGGAAGAUUUGAUUAAACAUCGUCAGGUUGUGCAUUCGUUAGUGCUAAGUGCCUGAGAAAUAUUUAUUCAAAUCCGAAUCAGACUGGAUCGUGCCUUAGUAGUAUUUUAACAAAUUUCAAUCCUGAAAUCAUCUAUCUAUUCAUCAUCACAUGUCAUCUCCUUGAAGUGCUCGCCUACUGCAGAGCGAAUGGGCGUACAGGUUAACAUAAUUCUAAUCUACUUGUGAUAAUUUUAAAUAAAUAAUUGCUAUGCCUUCCCAAUUUUGAUCAGAAAAUUAA